GUUAAAUUUAUUGAGUCGUGUUACAGCUGUACCUCUAUUUGUCAACUGAUAUUCUCAGCUUGAAUCUGUUAUACAUGUACAAAGUCUGUUGUAAUCGCAUACAGAUUACACAUAAGCCGCAUUAUACUGCGCCGCGGUAGACGUUCUACUUGCUGCGAUAAAUAAAGUCUCACAGACGAUCAACGGGAAACUGGAUCCCACACCCACUUUUUAAGACACUUUGGAAGACAUGAAAACUGGAAAAGAGACCGUGCUGACCUGUCCUACAUGUGAAGUUAAAAGCGUUUUGGACUACAGAUUGAAAAAAUAAAGUUUUUGAUGUUUGGUGGUCAUCAGAACGGCGUUACGAACGCGCCUUCUAUGCGACUACUUGCGGAUUUAGCUAUGAUGACGAUGACAGUGCAAAAUCAACACCUCACAGAUGAAAGGCUUGAUUAUUCAGCAACGCUAGACCUCAAUAACGCAUGGACUUUCCCGACGUGCACACACAGUCUGUGACAAGUUGUCAUCGCGUGAGCUCUGACCAGCUCCUGCAAGCACGGUUGCUUAUAUAGUGACCUUCUGAUGUAUCAAAACUGAUAUCACGAAUUAAUGGUCAAUUCGCAGGGAGGUAGCCACAACAUAACUAUCCAUUCCAUUUUGCGUCUCAGAUCGAUUGAUUCAUCGACAGCAUUUUCAAGUUGCGUUUACGAGGAAGACUUACAGCCCCACCUGUUAUAGUUGUCAAGUUGUCGUAUUCCAUCGGCCAAUUUUAUGAGCUUUCGACACUCCGCUGAACAUGGAAGGAACUGCAUCCUAACGGACCUUUGCGCCGUUACAAAAUGAGAUUCUAGGACCAUGAAUAACAAGCGGAUGUUUCUCCCCGGUGUAUUUGUAUUUGCUGUGAUAUCCGUACAGUUUGCAGUCGCACAAGAAAAAUGUAAUCCCAAUGUCGAUGUCGCCUUCCUGAUCGACUCUUCAGGGAGCAUCUCUGGCAAAAACUAUAGGAAAUUGAAAACAUUCGUGGCAAACUUGGCCGCAAACUUCAACAUUUCUCCACGGGGAUCCCGUGCGGCCGUCGUCCUCUAUAGCACAGGUGCGUCUACGGACAUCAAGUUCACGGACUUCACCAGUUCUGAGUCAUUUGGUAGAGCUGUGCAACAGUUGAGACAUCACCGUGGGUUCACUAGGAUCGACCUCGCCCUUCAAAGGGCUUAUUAUGAUUUGUUCAGUCCACGAGCUGACUCACGAUAUGAUGUGCCAAAACUUGCCUUCCUGCUCACUGACGGAGAACAGACGCCAAGCCCUGGUGCAAUACCUCUGGAUAGAGCAGCUAGGUUUCUCAAAAAUGAAGGAGUGCGACUUAUCACGAUAGGAAUUGGAAAGAAUGUGAAAGAGGAAGAACUAAAGUCGAUUGCCAGCAGCGACAAGGAUGUCAUUUUAGCCGAAACGUUUGAUGGCUUGUUAGAGGAGGUGGAGCCAUUAACUAAGAGCGCUUGUGAAGGCUUUGAGUUAUUUAGCGCCCCAGCAGAGGACAAAGGGAAAUGUACCCCCAAUGCCGAUGUCGUCUUCCUGGUCGACUCCUCAGGGAGCAUCUCCCGCAGAAACUACAGGAAAGUGAGGCAAUUUGUGUCCGACUUAGGCGCCAGAUUCAAUAUUUCCCCAGGCGGGUCCCGCGCGGCAGUUGUUGUGUACAGCACGUCGGCAUCAACGGAUAUCAGAUUCACAGACCACACAAGUUCUGAGUCAUUUGCUAGAGCUGUGCAACGGUUAAGACAUCAGCGUGGAUUCACUCGAAUAGAUCUCGCCCUUCAGCGAGCAUACAACGACUUAUUCGGUAGACGUGGAACAGCUCGGUUUCUGGUUCCAAAAAUCGCCUUCGUGCUCACCGAUGGAGAACAGACCCCAGCCUCCGAUGCAAUUCCUCUGGAUAGGGCAGCUGGGCUUCUCAAAGCUGCAGGAGUGCGGCUUAUUGUAAUAGGAGUUGGAAGAAACGUGAAUGAAGAAGAGCUUAAGAUGAUUGCCAGCAGCGACGAGGAUGUGAUAGAAACAGACAAUUUUGAUACCUUAUUAGCGCAAGUACAACCACUAGUCAGGACCGCCUGUGAAGGCAUUGAAGAGCUUCCCACUUGUGAUGCGUCGGUAGAUAUCGCUUUUCUGGUGGACUCAUCGGGAAGUGUUUCAAGACCCAACUACUUAAGAGAAAAAGCCUUCAUCAACGCAGUUGCUCAAAGCUUUGGGAUUUCCAAAAGUCAGUCUCGCGCUGCUCUUGUGUUGUUUAGUAGCUCGGCUUCUGUGCAGAUUAAAUUUCGGGACUAUGCCAGCACAAAUUCUUUCAAGGCAGCUGUCGAUAGACUUCGUCACGAGCGAGGUAGGACACGCAUCGACAAAGCAUUGCAGGUUGCUACCAGAGAGGUCUUUCCGUUUGCUCGCAAGGGUGUGCAUCAGAUAGCCUUUGUGAUAACAGACGGCGAGCAAACUCAAGAAAGUGAUACGAAAGAUCUCAAGGUGGCGUCCGAACCUUUACGAAGGGCCGGUGUUCAGGUGUUGGCGUUAGGUGUCGGUUCAGGGGUCAAUCCUGAUGAGUUGAGACUGAUUGUGGAGAAGGAUGAGGACGUUCUGAUCGCAAAGAACUUCCAGGACUUGCUUGACAGAGUUGGUAGCUUCAUUAAAGCCACUUGUUACUUAGCAGAACCGGACCCCUGCGACAUUUCAGCCGAUUUAGCGUUCAUUUUUCCCUCCGGAGAUAUUGGGCUAGACAACUUUCUGAGACAAAAGACCGCCAUAAAAACGAUUGCAAAGAGCUUCGGCAUUUCACCAAGAAGGAGUCGUGCUUCCAUAGUGACGGUCAGCGAUUCCAGGGCUUCCUUGGUUGCGUCUUUCGAUGCCUUCUCAUCCACGAACGAAUUUGAAGAAGUGUUGUCUUCCUUGCGCUAUGGAGGGGGACGGGGUGAUCUGAGUGAAGCGCUCAAACUUGUAGAAGAAAAGGUAUUCCCAAAGGCAAGAGAGAGAGUUGCAAAAAUCGCUGUGGUUAUCCUCGAUGACAAGGACGACAGAGAUAGGCGUUGGCGAGAUUCUGUGCUCCCGUUGAGAAAGGCAGGUGUACGCGUUUUACUCGUGUGGGUUGGUUCUAAAAUUGAUCGCGCAUCCUUACGGGCGCUAGUUCACAGUGAUGGAGAUGUCCUCAUUUUAGACUCAUUUAUUGGCUUACUGAAGAAUUCCGUUGGACUCGCGAAGAGCACCUGCGAAGCUGCGAGUAAGUAAAUAUAUAUUGCUUUCUGUAUAUAUGACUAGACCAAUAACCUCCUUAAGUUGGCUUCAAGAAUAUCCAGUUUUGUUUUACCUUGGACUUUGGCUGUGGGUUGACGGUUAAAUACACAGGCGAAGCUGGAGAAAAACGAUUAGCUUUAGAAGUAAUCCAGUUGAAAAUAUUUAAGAUUAACUAGCGUUACCACGAAAUUGAGAAGAAAGGACAUCUAUUUAUUUGAUUUUAUGCAGCUUGCAAUACGAUUUCAGUUUGCAUUUUACCCCCAGUCUGCAGUCAAUCUGCAAUCUGCAGUCCGCAGUCGAAGGUUUACACCAACCGGUUUAGUGAGUUGCCACAUUACAUUAGGUACUUUUAUGUGAAGUAUGUAUUAGCGUGUACAGGCCAGAACGCAAGCCACUUUUCGUUCAGGCAAUGCACAAUAACCGUAAGAACAAGCUUAGUAAUGAAGAGGCAUAAAUAAA